CAAAUGGCGUUGGCGUUCAUACUUGGGUGUGAUAUGUGAUUUACUUUAAUUAAUGUGAUUUAUCAGAAAUAUUUUACAAUAUAUAUGUAUAAAUAGGCUUUAUCUUCUUAGUUAGUAAUUGCUACUGCAAGGACGUUUAUAAAUAGAUUAUACUGUGAUUAUAUGAUGUGUGAUUUGUGAGUGUUAAAAUGACGCAGUUUUUGCCACCAAAUUUAUUGGCUUUAUUUGCCGCCCGGGACCCCAUUCCGUAUCUGCCACCGGCCGCGAAGCUUCCGCACGAAAAAAAACAAAAAGGAUACGAUGGAGUCGGCGCUUUCCUUAGCUGCUUUGAGCAUCCCUCGGAAACUCCUCCACCAACAAGAGUGGAGACGAGAGAAGAACGCAUUGAGAGGAGAAGAAGAGAGAAAGCAGAGCAGAUUGCUUAUAAACUAGAGCAGGAGAUUGCAUUGUGGGAUCCUUCUAGUAAUCCGAAAGUUACAGCAGAUCCAUUCAAAACUCUUUUUGUUGCACGAGUGAACUAUGAUACUUCUGAAUCUAAACUCAGAAGAGAAUUUGAAGGAUAUGGAGCUAUCAAAAAGAUCCAUAUGGUCUAUGACAAGGAAAAUGGGAAACCGAGAGGUUAUGCUUUCAUUGAAUAUGAACACGAACGGGACAUGCAUUCGGCAUACAAGCACGCGGACGGUAAGAAGAUUGACGGUAAGCGGGUAUUGGUGGACGUGGAGCGCGCCAGGACGGUCAAGGGAUGGUUACCACGUCGGCUCGGUGGGGGACUGGGGGGGACGCGUCGCGGGGGGGCUGACGUCAACAUCAAACACUCCGGAAGGGAGGACAACGAGAGGGAAAGAGAACGGUACAGGGCCGAACAACGACACCUCCGGGAACACGGGGAGGACAGGGGGAGACAGGGUGGCACGCCCAGGGAACACGGAGCGAGUCGGCGCCGCUCCCGCUCCCGCUCGCGGCGGCGCUCAUCCUCCCGCUCGCGCAGGCCCAAGACGCGCGACGAGGAAGAACCAGAGUCACGCCGCCGCCGCCGGUCCCGCUCGCGCUCGGAGCGGCGCCGCUCUCGAAGGGACAAGAAGCGCUCACGCCGCUCCCGAGACAAGGAACACAAGCUCAAGCCCGACGACAUACACAUCAAACAGGAGCCGCUCGACGACUACUCGAUGGAACAGCACGAAGGGCUGAUGAUCAAGCAAGAACCUCCGGAUGAGACCAAGUACAACCCGGAUCUGUCCAUGUAUUGACCCCCAUACACCCAGAGAAAUGUACAUGUACAGCAUUUGAUUCCCAAUAAAAUUAAGAAUAAA